AUGGAAUUAGCACCUUCUGGCAAUCUUCGUUCUUAUUUAGAGAAAAACUCUAAAACAAUGACAUGGAAGAAAAAAGUAGAAGCAUUAUUAGACAUUAUUAUAGGGCUUGAUUUUCUGCAUGAAAGAGGUGUAGUUCAUCGGGAUUUUCAUUUAGGAAAUCUUUUGGUAGGUUAUGAAGGUGUAAUAUUUAUCACAGAUAUUGGCCAAUGCGUGUCAGCGGAUGAAUCUUCUAGCACAGAUAUUGGAGUACUUCAUUAUUAUGAAAAAGACCUUAUAUUAGAAAGAAUGAAUGGUUUGCAACCUAGAAUUCCACAUUAUGUCCCAGAGCAGCUUACUAAAUUAAUUAAAGAAUGUUGGAAUAUUGAUAGCAAAAAAAGGCCAACUUCUGAAAAGCUGCACCGCACUAUAAAAUCUUGGAAUACAUGUAAUGAUUUUGACUCUGAAUUUAUUGAAGCUGAAAAAAAGAGUCAAAGUCUAGAUUUGUUAGAAAUUGAUUUCUAA